AUGAGAUAAUCAGGAGCGGAUUUUACUUACUCAACAGCUCCAAUAGCAAAGGUAAGGCGAGUAGAAUUUGGUUUGAUGAGUCAUGAGCUUAUAAAGGAAUGGACAGGAGAUAUAGAAAUAAAAGAGCUUCAAACUAACGAGUUAGAUGGGACUCCAAAAUAAAAUGGAUUAAAUGACCUUCGAAUGGGUGUGAAUACAAAUACUUAGAAGUGUAAAACAUGUGGAGAGACAAAGUAUUGUUAGGGACAUUUUGGAAGAAUUGAACUAAAUAAGCCAGUUUAUCAUGUAGGAUUCUUGUAGAUAGUAAAGAAAGUAUUGAAGUGCAUAUGUCAUAAUUGUGGUAAAUUGAGAUAACCAUAAUCAGAAGAUGCAAUGGUACAAAUGUAUUUUAAAUAAAAAAGCAAUAAUUUAAAAGAGCAAAGGAACAUAAACUGAAUAGAAAGCGAUUAAAUGAAAUAGUGAAAUAAUUAGGUAAAAUAGAUAAGUGUGAGGUUAAACAUAAAUUAGAAGAUAAUUUAGGGAAUGAAGAUCUUUGCUAAGCUUAAAUUCCUACAAGAAUUUAAGCUCUAAAUGGAUAGAUAAAAAUUUAAUACUCAAUGAAAGAGGCAGCAAAAGAGUUAACAGCAGAAAGAUGCUUAGAUAUAUUUAAAAAAAUCAGAAAUGAGGAUGCAAUGAUAUUAGGAUUUACAAAGGAAACUAGACCAUAAGAUUUGAUAAUAAAAUAUUUAUUGGUGAUGCCUCCAUAGGUGAGACCAGCAAUAGAGAUGAAUCCAGCAAGAAUAGCAUAAGAUUAAUACACAUAAAUUUAUAAAUCAAUAUUGUAGAAGAAUAAUGAGAUAGCAAAUUGUAGUAGUGAUGCAGAGAGAGUAAGAUUGGCUCCAGAAUUGAUGAGAGAAGUUGCAAAGAUUAUAGAUUCUGAGAAGGCAGGAAAGAUAAAGAUGAAAUCAACAUAACCAUUGAAGAGUAUUCGAGCUAGAUUAAAGGGUAAAGAAGGAAGAUUUAGAUAAAAUUUAAUGGGAAAGAGAGUGGAUUUUUGUGCUCGUUCAGUUAUAUCUCCAGAUGCAAAUUUGGGUAUGGAUGAAUUAGGAGUACCAUAAAUAGUGGCUGAUUAAUUAACAAUUCCAGAAGAGGUUACAGAAUAUAAUUUAGAGAGAGUUAUAUAAUUGGCAAAGACUAAUAAGAUUAAAUAUGUUAUAGUACCAAUAACUGAUCCUAGAAGUAAAUAAAGGAAGUUUUAAGCUUUGUAUUUUGAUUUUACAGAUACUGAAGAAUAGAUUAGAUAAAAAAUAAAUCAAGGAGUUAUAGUAGAAAGAUGUUUAUAAGAUGGAGAUUUUGUAUUAUUUAAUAGAUAACCAACAUUACAUAGAAUGAGUAUGAUGGGACAUAGAGUUAGAAUUUUACCAUAUUCAACAUUUAGAUUGAAUUUAUCUGUAUGUACACCAUACAAUGCAGAUUUUGAUGGAGAUGAGAUGAAUAUGCAUGUUCCUUAAUCUUAUGAAACUAUUGCAGAAUUAAAAUAUUUAGCGCAUGUUCCUAGAUAAAUUGUUACUCCAAAAAGUAAUCAACCAGUUAUGGGUAUUGUGCAAGAUUCAUUACUUGGUUGUUGUUUAUUUACUCAAAGAGAUACUUUUUUAACUAGAGAUUAAGUUAUGCAUUUAAUGAUGUGGAAUGAAUAAUUCACUGGAGAAUUGCCUAUGCCUGCUAUUCUAAAACCUUAAGAAUUAUGGUCUGGAAAAUAAAUUAUGUCAAUGAUUAUUCCUUAGUCUAUUAAUACUGAAAGAGGCAUAAGAGAAGAUGAUCUUAAAAAACCAAAUUGGAAUGCUGAUGAUAAAAGUUUAUGUAUUUAGAGAGGAAAUCUAGUUAGUGGAAUUUUUAAUAAGGAACUAGUUGGAUAAGGAGCAGGUUCUGUUGUUCAUCUUUGUUGGCUUGAUUUAGGAGCUGAAAAAACUUUAGAAUUUAUGACAUCAUGUUAAAGAAUUGUUAAUAAUUGGUUAAUUAUGCAUUCAUUUACUGUUGGAUGCCAAGAUAUUGCUCCUCAUAUCAAUUUAGUUGCUGAAACUGAAAAAAGAAGUAGAGAAUAAGAUGAAGAAUAUAUUAAAUUACUUUAAAUCUUUCUUGAUGCCAAAAAGAUUUAAGAUAACAGAUAUCAUUAAAAAGGAAAAAGAAUUAUGGAUUCAUUUGAAUAUUCAUUUAAUAUGAAAUUGAAUAAGGUUAGAGAUGAUAUCAAUUCUAAAGUUACUGAAACUAUUGAUCAAAUACGUAAUUGUAUGUACAAGAUGAUUUGGGCAAAAAGUAAAGGAGAAGCGUCUAAUCUUGCAUAAAUUACAUCUUUGGUUGGAUAACAGAAUUUAGAAUCUAAAAGAAUUUAAUUUGGAUUUGCUUAUCGAACAUUGCCUCAUUUUUCUAAAUUUGAUUAUGGACCUGAAGCUAGAGGAUUUGUAGCCAGUAACUUUUUCAAAGGACUUAAACCUACAGAAUUCUUUUUCCAUACUAUGGGUGGUAGAGAUGGUCUUAUUGAUACUGCUGUGAAAACAAGUAGAACAGGUUAUAUUUAAAGGAAAUUGAUUAAGGCUGUAGAAGAUGUUUUUGUAAGAUAUGAUUCAUCUUGUAGAGAUUCUGUUGGUGCUGUUUAUCAAUUUCAUUAUGGAGAAGAUAAAAUGGCUGCAGAAUUCAUUGAACAUUAGGAAAUUAAAUGUGUUAAUUUAAGUAAUUAAUAAUUGGCAGAAAAAUAUUAAUUAAUUUAAGAAUAAUGGUUUGGUAGUGAAAUUAGAAUGAGAUAUUAAAAUAUAUUUACGGAAGAUGUAAUAGAUGAUAUAGAAACUGAUUAUGAUGGUUAAGCUUUGUUAAAAGGAGAGUUUGAUGAAAUAAAGAAGAUUAGAGAUGAAUUACGUAGAUUAUUUUUAAUAGACUCUGCACCAAAAGAAGAGAUAUUUACUCAUUAUUAUUUAGUUGUAAAUAUUGAGAGAAUUAUUUCAACAAUUAAGAUUAAUAAAAAAAUUAGUGAUAGAGAGAAAUGUAGAUUGAAUCCAAUUACAGUAACUAAAGAGGUUGAUGAAUUAAUUUAAAAAGUUGAUAAAUUGUUGAGUUAUGAUUUAGAUGAAAGAAGAGAUUGUAUAAAUUUAUUUAGAACACAUUUGAAAGUAUCAUUAGCUAGUAAAGAUUUAUGUUGUAGACACAGAUUGACACCAGAAGCAUUUAAAGAAUUAUUAUCUGAGAUUAUCUAUAAACUUAAAAAAAGUAUGGCUCAUCCAGGAGAGGCAGUUGGUGCUAUAGCUGCAUAAUCUUUAGGAGAACCUACAACUUAAAUGACUUUAAAUACUUUCCAUAAAUCUGGAGUUACAGGAGAUAAAAAUGUGACUUUGGGUGUUCCUAGAUUAUAAGAAUUAUUGGAUGCAAGUAAAAAGACUAAAACUCCAAGUUUGACUAUUUAUUUUGAUCCUCCUUUAGAGUAUGCUGAAUUGGAAUUAAAAGACGAUAAGGAUAAGAAAAGUUAUUAAAAAACUGAAUAAUUAGCUCAUCCUCAUAAAUAGGAUGAUUUUACUUAGAGUAUGCUUGUCUAAAUGUAAGGAAGAAUUCUUGGACAAACAUUUGGAUAAUAUAUAAUAAAGAGUGAAAUCUAUUAUUAAAGUGAUCCAAAUAAUCCAUUACAUAUUACUGAAGAUUAAGAGGAUAACUUUACCGAUGGAAUUUUUGAUACUGAUGAAGCUAAAUAUAAAUGGAUAUUAUUUUUACAUAUGGAUCAUUAAAAGAUUUUAUCAAAUUUAGAAACUUGGGAUAAAAUUCGAGAUAGCAUUCCCAAAAUUUUGGAUGAAACAGAGAGGAAGUUUGGCAUUUCAUCAUAAAAUACAAUAGUUGAUCCUGAUUCGAUGAACCAUAAAUAUAUUUAAAUAAAAUAUUAUCAUGAUUACAAUGAUUAAAAGAAAUUUAAACCUGAAAGAGGAAAGGGUAAUUUUGAUGAUGAAAUUGAAUUCGAUGAAGAAGCUAAAACUAAAACUUAUGUAGAUACUCCUUAUACAAUAUUAAAGAGAUUAGAAGAAACAAUAAGAGGACAUUCUUUGGGAGGUAUAAGUAAGAUUACUAGGAUUCUACACUCUUAGAUAGAAAAAUAAUUUUAUAUUAAUAAUAAGACAGGUGGAUUUUUAAAAUAAGCAAACGUAGAUGGGAAAGGUAAAUGGAAAAUAGUAGAGAAAUAUUUAGAAACAGAAGGAACUAAUCUUAAAGAGAUUCUUAGAUUAGAACAUGUAGAUUAGAGAAGAACUACGACAGAUGAUGUUUAUGAAAUAUCAUAAGUUUUAGGAAUAGAAGCUGCAAGAGCUGCAUUGGUAGGUGAAACUAGAAAGAUAUUCAAUCAUUAUGGUAUCUAUAUUAAUUACAGACACUUAUAUUUAUUAUACGAUUGGAUGACUCAUAGAGGUAGAUUAACAGCAGUUAAUAGAAAUGGUAUAAAUAGAAUACCUGAAGUAAGUGUUUUACGUAAAAGUUCAUUUGAAGAAACAGUUGAAAUAUUAUAUGAUGCAGCUGUAUUUUCAGAAGUAGAUCAUAUGAGAGGAUUAAGUGAAAAUAUAAUAUUUGGAUAAUUAUGUCCACAUGGUACAGGUAGUUUUGAAUUAAUGGUUAAUGCUAAAAAUGUUAAAGAAUUUAAAUUGAAAUCUAGCCAUGCUGAUAAAUUCACUUAAGGAGGUGAAUAUCUUGUAGAACAAUCUCCCUAUGAUUAAAAUCUAUAAACUCCUCUUAUUCUUAAUACUCCAGGACCUGGAAUGCUUGAUUCCUCUUGUACUCCAAUUCCACAAAAAUCUCCUGGAAUUGGUAUUGCUAUUUUUGCUACUCCUUUUGAUAUCAAUAGAGAUUAUACUCCAAACAUGAGUCAUCGUUCCCCAUUUUAUCCUAGUACUCCUCUUAUACCAUAUGAUACAUAUUAACUUAGUCCUGUUGAAUCUAUUUCUGGAUAAUAAGCUCAACCUGGAAAAUAAGCUAAUGUUAGUGUUAGUCAUAGUCCAGGAUCACCUCAUUAUACUAGUCAUACAAAUUCACCAAGUCCCAGUUAUAGAAGUAGUGAAAGAGCUACCUCUGGUCAAAGAUCUUCUAGUCCCAUUCUUAAUUCAUCCAGAAGGUAAUAUAUUCUAUCUCUAAUAUAUCUAGUCCCAAUUAUACUAGUAGUAUUUAUAAUUCUCCUCUUUCCCCUACUAAUACUGGAAGUGGUCGUGUUUAAACUGGAUCUCCUCAUUCACCUUAAGGAUCUAAUUUCACCACUUUUAGUCCAAUCUAUUAACCAUAAGGAAAUACUACAAACUAGUAUGAAUAAGAAUAAUGAAAUUAUCAUAUUAAAUAAUAAAAAACCCA